AUGCUCAAGCUAGCCACCGUCCUAUCCAAUCUCAACCUCCGGCCGGUGGUCAUCACGCCGGAGUUCAUCCACCGCCGCCUACAUCCGCCGGCCGUCGCCGGAGAUGGUAUCCUCCACGUGUCGAUUCCCGACGAGCUUGGCGGCGGGGGGCAGCCGGAUUUCUUUUCCAUCGAGCGGGCUAUGGAGGAAACUAUGCCGGUUUUUCUAGAGGAACUCAUCCGGAGGAUGAUCGACGGCGGUGAUGAUGUCAGCGCCGGCGGCCUGGCUUGCGUGGUGGCGGAUUUGCUUGCUUCGCCGGCGGUGGAGGUCGGGAGGCGGUGCGGGGUGGCGGUGGCUGGAUUUUGGCCGGCCAUGCACGCCACUUAUCGGGUAAUCGGAGCUAUACCGGAGUUGAUCGAAAAUCGGGUGAUUUCGGAAAAUGGAUGUCCAACAAUUAAUCAAGAUGCUCCUCUAUGCUUGUCUCCCAAUGAGCCCACUUUGACCACAAAUGAUCUCCCAUGGCUCAUCGGUUCAUCGACAGCCAGGAUCACACGAUUCAGAUUCUGGACCCGAAUCUUAGAACGAUCCAAAAACCUCAAAUGCAUUCUCAUGAACACAUUCCCGGGCGAAAUCGAGCCUCAAGCUCGACCACAAUCAACUGAUGCUGGUAAAACGCCUCGUGUUUUCGAAAUCGGUCCUCUUAUCAUGCAAGCCGCAACUAUCAACAAUCAUAGCUUGUGGGAAGAAGAUGCUAGCUGCCUCGACUGGCUGGACAGGCAGAGUGCAAGCUCUGUAUUGUACGUGUCGUUCGGAAGUUGGGUAAGUCCAAUCCAUGAAUCCAAAAUCGAGACUCUUGCAUUGGUCCUUGAAGCAUUAAGGAUACCGUUCGUUUGGGUGUUGGGGCCCUCAUGGCGGCAAGGUUUGCCUAACGACUACGCCGAGAGGGUAUCUGGCCACGGGAGGGUCGUUUCGUGGGCCCCACAAGUGGACGUGUUACGACAUCCUGCUGUGGGGUGUUAUCUCACGCACUGCGGGUGGAAUUCGACUCUGGAGAGCAUACAGUGUAGGAAGCCCCUCUUGUGCUAUCCAAUUGCCGGCGACCAGUUUAUGAACUGCAGAUACAUUGUCGAAGUUUGGAAAAUCGGGGUGAGAAUGAAUGGUUUUGAAAUUGAAGAGGUCGGAAAUGGAAUUCAAAAAGUUGUUGGGGACGAACAAGUGAAGCAUAGGAUUGAGAGGCUAUACGAGAAGAUAUUGGGGAAAGAAGGGAGUUUAGAAGCAAUGGCUAAUUUAUCCACGUUUAUUCAAAAUCUUGGUUAA